AUGAGGAAGCAUAGUCUAGAGAAAAUUCUGCUGAUUGAGCAAGUAAGUUCUUUGAUCCAACGCACUGUUGCCCUCAAAAUUAAGGAUCCUGGUGCUCCCACUAUUUCUUGUAUCAUUGGAGACCUUACCAUUGAUAAGGCACUCCUUGAUUUAGGUGCAGGUGUUAAUUUGUUACCUUACUCGAUCUAUGAACAAUUAGGACUAGGAGAAUUGAAGCAUACGACGGUUGUCUUACAACUUGCAAACAAAUCCGUUAAGAAACCUCGUGGUGUCAUUGAAGAUGUGAUCAUUAGAGUGGACAAGCUCUACUUCCCUGUAGGCUUCAUUGUUCUUGAUACAGAACCUGUCCUAGAUCCCACAAGGCUUAUCCCUGUCAUCCUUGGACAUCCUUUCUUAGCUACGGCUAACGCUUGCAUAAAUUGCAGGACCAGAGAGAUAGAGAUAACCUUUGGGAACAUGAAAGUAAGGUUGAACAUUUUCAAGGCUUUUCAGCUUCCGUCGGAUACUAGUGAGUGUUUCUUAUUGGACAUGAUUGAAGAAACUAUUAAAGACACAUUUCCCCACCUUUUGAUUAAAGAUCCAUUAGAGCCUUGCCUGUCUCAUUUUGACUUCGAAGACUUUGACAUAGAGGACUAUGUUGGCGAAGUUAAUUCUUUGCUUGACACUACGGCCGCAAUAGACUUUCCUCCUUGGAGAGUACAAAACGAGCCUUUACCUCGUACGUCAAGCAUCCCUCCUGCUCCUUCCUUUAUCUCCCCACCAAAUCUUGAGCUAAAGCAGCUUCCUGCAACGCUCAAGUAUGCUUUCUUAGGUACAAAUGACACUCUCCCAGUCAUUAUUGCAUCUAAUCUGCAAGAUGACCAAUAG